AUUUGCCCAAGGUUACCCUCCUGCCCCAGAACUCCAGGACACUCAUCGAGGCAGUAGGUCUAGUGUGAGGAGCUGAGCAGGAGCCAUGGCUGCUGAGGAGGCUGACAAACCACAGCUGGAAAUGCCGCUGGUCCUUGAUGAGGACUUGACCAAGCAGAUGAGGAUACGAGCGGAGACUCUGAAAAAGAACAAUGAGAAGCGUCAGGAUGGAGAGAAGCUGCUGCGACCAUCAGAGUUCGUGUACCGCCUGGAUUUCAUCCAGCAGCAGAAACUACAGUUUGAGCGCUGGAACAUUACGCUGGACAAGGCCGGCAAGGUGACCAUCACGGGCACUUCCCAGCACUGGACGCCCGAUCUCACCAACCUCAUGACCCGGCAGCUCCUGGACCCAGCAGCCAUCUUCUCGAAGAAGGAGGACUCUGACGCCAUGGAUUGGAAUGAGGCAGAUGCCCAGGAGUUUGGGGAGAGGCUGUCAGAGCUGGCCAAGAUCCGAAAAGUGAUGUACUUCCUAUUCACCUUUGGCGAGGGCCUCGAGCCUGCCAACCUUAAGACUUCAGUGAUUUUUAAUCUGCUCUGAUAUUGAACCGGGUUGCCCACUUCAAUCCUUGACCCAUCCUUAUGGAUCAAGGUGUCUUCCCUCACUCACCCUUCCAUUCUCUCCUGGGGCUUGCCUUUUCUCUCCCUCCCCCAAACUAUAAAAAAACUAAACAUUCCACAUAUUUUUCUGGAUGAAGGCACCUCCCCUUUUCCUCUCCUAGAUCUUUUUUCCUAAUGUUUGCUUGUCUCAUCUUUGCACCCCCUAAUUUUUUUGAACUGUCUUUUUUUCCAUUCCCUUGUCUUAUUUUGAUCCGGGAAACCAUUCCAUCCCCAGCUCCUACAUUCAUUUCUCUUCCCAUCCAUUCCUUUUCUAGCCCAAUUCCCUGCUCUUUUAGAUCUGGGUCUUCCUCCCUUCCUCUCUUUACUACUUUCUAUCUGUCCCCUCCAUCAGUAACCACCCUGCCCUUUUGAUCUGAUCAGUCCUCUCUUUCCCUUAUCCCACUUCCCUGUGUUUUGGGGAAAGGAUUAUAUAUCCCCACAUAUACCCUCAGUUCUUUUGCCUGGUGUUUGUCUCCAUCCUGCCCCCCCCCCCCACCAUCCUCUCCCUUUCCUUGUACCUCCCUUUUCGUGCAGGAUCAGUGUGUCCCAGCCCUCCCUCCUGUUUUUUAGUGUGUGCCCUCUUUCUCCACUAUUUCCCUCCCAGUGAUAUUGCUGGUCACUGACCAUCCUGUUUCUGGGGGCAUUGACAACAUAGUUGUUGUGUCUGGUUUGAGAUUGUGGGUGUGCCCAGCAGCUUUGGAGAAACUAGUCAGUGUCUUGCACACUUUUCUCCCUGAUUUCUUCCCUACUCUGGAACAGAAACCUCAACUGACAUCUUUGACUAUGCAAGGUGGGGACAACCUUCUGCUAGCCUAGGGUAUGCUAUUGCACACAGACCGAUGGCAGGGUUAAUGGAUUAGAGAUGGAUGCAGCUAAAUG